AUGUCCGAGAAGGGAAAGCGGGGAUUUGCGGGGAGUGGAGAGGAAGGGGGAUAUAACGCACUUGGAAACAUGUCACCUCAAUAUGAGCCAACACCAUUUGGACAUGAAAUGCGUCGGCACUUUUCCUUUGCUCCUGGUUAUCGAAACCUGAAUCAUGGAUCAUUUGGAGCAUCACCUAUCGCUAUUCGAAACAAAGCAGAUGAGCUCCGCGACGAGUGCGAGGAAACUCCAUGUCCCUUCAUCAAAUAUCGUUUCCCCGAGCUGUUGGACGAAUCCCGGGCUGCCAUGAGUAACUUCCUUGGUGUACCAGAGUCGACCAUUGUCUUUGUUCCGAACGCUACCACUGGAGUCAAUACAGUUAUACGAAACAUCGUAUGGAGCAAUGAUGGGAAAGAUGAGAUUCUUCAGUUGGAUAUUAUAUAUGGAGCAUGUGGUAAAACGACCAGUUAUAUCUGUGAAGCCAGUGGAGACAAGGUUCGCACGCGGGAAAUUAAUUUAAUACACCCAGUGGACGACUCUGAGAUGAUUUCUGCAUUUCGACAAGCGAUUAAAGCCUCGCGCAUGGAAGGUUAUCGCCCGCGCAUUGCUAUAUUCGACACAAUUUCGUCCAACCCGGGUCUUCGGCUUCCAUUUGAGGAACUCACAGCUCUUUGCCGUUCAGAGGGCGUACUGAGUCUGAUUGAUGCUGCCCACGGAAUUGGACAAAUCGAUCUCAAUUUAUCCUCGCUUGACCCGGACUUCUUGAUCAGUAACUGCCACAAGUGGCUGUUUACUCCUCGCUCGUGUGCUGUGUUUUACGUCCCCGAACGCAAUCAAGCCAUGAUGCGGAGCACCCUACCAACAAGCCACGGGUUCAUUACUCGGUCGUCUGGGAAAGGGUCUUCCCUCAGUCCCAAGGAGCCUGUGAGAGAAAAGACAGAAUUCGUCUCCAAUUUCGAGUUCGUUGGAACAGCAGACAACUUUUCUUUCUUAACAGUGCCUGAAGCUAUCCGGUGGAGACAGAGCGUAUGCGGCAGUGAGAUCAAGAUUCGGGAGUACUGCAUUCAACUUGCGUACCAAGGUGGACAGAGGGUUGCAGAUAUUCUUGGGACCGUGAUCCUGGACAAUGCUGCCCAUACUUCAACCGACUGCUUUAUGGUUAACAUCUUGCUUCCUAUCAAGAAACCCACUUGGGGAGACGGGAGUCUGGUUAAAAGUCAAGAUCAUCCAGAUAUGACUGUGACUGAAUGGAUGCAGCAGACCAUGAUCAAGUCAUACAAAACAUUCAUGCCAGUGUUCCCUUUUCAGGGGUCAUGGUGGGUUCGGCUGAGUGCACAGAUCUAUCUUGAGAUCAGUGACUUUGACUGGGCUGGCUGGGCGCUGAAAGACCUCUGUAAGAAGCUACAGGAGGAAGAUGAAUCUGAUCAUCAAAUAGUAUAA